AUGUUUUCAACAAAUAAUCGCUCGACGUUGAGGAAAACUCGUUCUCGGCGUCAAAAAUCAAAACUAAAGCCACAUCAUUCAACGCAAUCAACAAAACUAGAUCACAGAACAACAACACCAAAUUCAUCUUUAAUUCAUCGUUUUCACGAUAUAUUAAAUGAUUUGAGACCUUCCUGGACACGUUUUCUAUCAUAUAGUAUUCUCGAACUCGAACCGAUCUGCCAUCAAUUAGCUAUACAACAAAUGUCAUCAGCAACAUCCGUUACGGAAUAUUGUCCAUUAGCUUGUGUAUUUUGUCAAAGUUUCAUCUAUGAACCAAUAACACUCUAUUGUGGUCAUACAUUUUGUGAUCAAUGUAUGAAAGACGAAUCGUCAGCAAUAGAUUGUCCACGAUGCCCACAGGAUAUUCAAGGACAAAUACAAUCGCCUAUUGUACAUGCACGCGAAAAUUCUUAUGAAAAAAAUCGGUUUCUUUUACAUAUAUUUGAACAAUCAGAACAGUUAAGAAAGCACUGCCAGACUAUUUUACUACGUCGAAAAGGUCAAAACGAAUAUGCACAAGGAAAUUUUCAAAAAGCUAUUGAUACUUAUUCACAAAUCAUCGAUGAAUAUGAUAGUAAUGAUCAUUUGGCAUUAUAUAAUCGUGCUAAGGCAUAUUUAGCUUUACAAAAUUAUGAUCAAGGUCUUUUGGAUGCAACACAUGUCAUAACAGUUAAACCUCACUGGAUAAAAGGUUAUUUAUGCCAAAGCGAAAUAUUAUUUGAAAUGCAAAAUUAUACUGCUGCACUUAUGUCAUCAUUAAAAGCACUAGUAAUCGAUCCAGAGAAUCCAACUGGGAAACAAUUAAUGGCUCGACAUCUUCAUGCAGUUUUACAUAAUAUUGAUGAUGACGAUGAUGGAGGUGCAACAACAACGGAAUCCGAACUGGAACAGUUACAAUUAGCUUCGUUGUUUCAGGAGCAUCCUGAAGAAAAAAAUAGUACAGAAAACGAUGAUAAUCAAUUGAAAAUGUGCAAAUUAUCGCAAUCAUCAGGUUCUUGUUGUUGUCUACUACUAGAUGGUAAGAAUUUAAAUUCAACAGAUUUUGGAUGUUCCAUAUGUUGCAACUUACUAUGGUUUCCGAUAACAACUCCAUGCGGUCACGUAUUUUGUCGUGAAUGUGUGAUACGUUCUGUUGAUAAUACUCAAGCAAAAUGUCCGAUUUGCAAAAGUUCAUUACAAAAUUUUUUUCCUAUGUUGAUACAAUCACAUGUAAAUAAAAGUGAGAUUAUUUCAAAAAUAAUCGAAACUUAUUUUCCAAUUGAAUUCAAUGAACGACGGCAAAUAUAUGAACAGGAAAACAUUCGAGGUGCUUCAAUGUCGUCAACCUUAAUGAGUAAUGAAGGUCAAACGGAAUCACAGAUUUUUGAAAUCCCAAUAUUCGUCUGCGUUUUGGCAUUUCCGAAUUGCGUGUGUCCAUUGCAUGUAUUCGAGCCGCGCUAUCGUUUAAUGAUGCGACGGUCAAUUGAGACACAAUCACGCAUAUUCGGAAUGUGUGCGUAUGAUGAGCAAACAGAUAAUUUUGCUGAUUAUGGUACAUUGCUAUAUAUUCGUGGACGUGUUUACACACCGGAUGGCCGUUCAAUAGUUGACACAAUUGGUCAACGGCGUUUUCGUGUUAUUGAACGUGGAAUGACAGAUGGAUACAAUGUAGCUCGAGUUCAACUUGUAAAAGAUCAUCCAAUAGAACAACAAGAAUUCGAUGAUUUAUUUCAACUGAACCGCUACACUUACAAUCGUGUCCGUACUUGGUUUGAUCGUCUUGAUCCACGUAAACAAACGCAAAUUGUUCAACGAUUGGAAGGCUAUCCAAUAUGUGAUGACCUAACGCUAGAAUCAACUGAUGGGCCUAGUUGGACUUGGAUUAUGAUAAACUUAUUACCAAUCGACGAGCUUCUUCAAAGUACUGCGCUGGCUUCCCAAUCAUUUCGCAUUCGUAUACAAAUGAUUAGUGAUGCUAUCGAUUUUCUCCUUAAUCAACAAGAAAAUCAUCAACAACAACAAGAAGAAGACAAACAAGAACCUGAACCAACAGCUCCGACAAGCAAUUAA